AUGGGGAACGAUUUUACCAAAUUUUUGCAUCAAAACAAUCCAGCUCACUUCACCAAAAUAGCCAACCUAACCGUCGUACCGCUAAUCUUUUCAUCCGACCACCAAACAAACACCAGCCACAUCAAUGUGUCCAUGGAUGCGACGUUCAACUUCAACCAGAGCCAUCUGGCGCUGUACAGCACGUACUACGGAGAACUAUCGACGGAAAACCUCUCCGAUCCGGAGGUUAACAUCACCAAAACAAUAUCCAGACUGACGUCGCCGCUAGCCGUGACCGUGGCGGUACUCUUGGUGUUCCUGUUCUCUCCGAUGAUUCUGAUCGGCAAUUCUUUGGUGCUGGUUGCUAUGUACAGAUUCAAGCGACUGCGCACGCCCAGCAACUACUUGGUGAUGUCGUUGGCCACCUCUGACUUAGGAAUUGGGAUGUUCAUGCCCAUAGGGAUGUACUUGGAGCUUGGGGGGGAUAAGAACUUCACCAGUGCUCGCGUCUGUUUGAUGAGUUACGGGGUCGCUAUUAGUUUGUGUAGUGUUUCCGUUUUGGUGAUGGUCGCCAUCGCGGUAGAUCGGUUUACGUCUUUGGCGCGGCCCUUAAGGUACAAUAAUUUGAUCACCCAUACAGCUGUGGAGAGGUACAUAGCGGUUUUUUGGGCGUACAGUUCCAUGGUCGGAUUCACGCCUUUGGUGUACUCGAUUGUCAGUGGAAAGAAUUAUAGCAGCUUGGGCGACUGCUCGUUCGGCGAUCUAGUGGCCAAACCGGUCCAACUGUUUAUGUUCUGCGCUGUGUACGGACCGAGCGCCGUCGUGCUCCUCGUCUGCUAUGGCUACAUCUACCUGGUGGCGCGCGGACACGCACGAGCCAUCCGCAGCGAGACGAGGCAGUCGAACUCGUACUCGCCCGCAGGCGUGAGGAGGUCGUCUUCGUCUCAGCCGCCCAGGUACGGGCUGGCCCUGGCCAUCACCGCUGGGAUGUUUAUUGGGCUCUGGAUGCCCUUUCAAGUUUGUAUGCUGAUGGACGUAUUCAUUGGUACCAAUAUUCUUACUGCCUGGGUGGCAGUCUACUUAGCCCUUCCUAUCCUAGCAAGUAGUGCUUUCAAUCCAUGGGUAUACGGAUAUCGAAAUUCAGAGUUAAGGGCAGCUGUCAGAAGAGUUGUUGAUGAUUUACUUACUGCAUUAGGUUUUACCUACCGAAGUCACCAAACAUCGGACCCAGCCGCUCCCAGCGUCGCCGCCACCAUAGGCGACCCAGGCUCCUUCAUAAACCACGUUCAAAGAGACUGUCUGGGUUGGAAACCAGAGGGCGACUUCCUAUUGGUGCCCAUAGCCCGCCCGGAAAACUCCAGUGUGGUAUCAGACGGUGACGUGCCAAGACUUUACAGAGACUCUAAUAACCCCAAAAUUGUGAUAUCCUCGGAUACACCUCGGAUAUUAAGAGGAUCAAGGAGCAUGGUGGAGAGUUUUGCCAUUACAAAUGGGGCGGAUAUUUUGAUUAUUACUGGCAAGGAAAGAGGUAUGAAACAUGGAGCAAGUAUAGUAUAA